AUUGCUUGGGCGAAUAAAUCCAAAUAAAAACUCCAUUGUUGCAUGAAAAAAGUUUUUAAUCUGGGGAUUUAAAGUGGAUCACAUGCUCUGACUGAACAACAGCGGCACGAGAGCACGCGCAUUCCACAGCAGCCACUCAAGCAUCGUUUGUUUUCCUUGUCAAGAAACCCGCAAACAGAAAACAUACUGGGAAGAUAUCGAGGAAAAGUGGAAAAACACCAUUUUUGAUGGACUUUCGCAGAUUUGGCGGUUUGUUUACAUAGUAAAUCGGGCAUUUAUUCACUGUCGGACAUGACGCAUUCCUACAGUCAGCGUUCUCUCGUGGUACUCGCGGUUUUAGGGAUUUUGUCCGCAAUAAUGUCCGUGUUGUCCGUCAUUUUGAUCUUCCAGCUCCAAACGCAACAGGCUGUUCUAAAGGAUUCGCCUACUUUAGGGUCGAGUGAGAUCACAGCUGUGUUAAUGGCCGUUUCCACGGUCCUCUCAGCCUUAUCUCUGACGCUCAACUUGAGCUCAGUUGUUGUGUGUUUGCUUCACAGCUAUUUCGCUACUGAAAUAUGCCGAGGAGAACCAGAUACACAAAGGGCCGACUGGUUUUUAUCGGAUAACAGGGUUGUUCGGCAUGUAACCAUUGGACUGUUUUGCCUUGGAGUUUCAGUUUACUUAGCUGCCAUGUCUAUUUACAUGUUAUUGAUGUUUGAAGUUGAGACGGGCAUAGCCAGCGUGUGCGUGCUUUCCUCUGGUGUUCUCAUCCUGCUACUUAUCGUUAUUCACUCCCUAAUACGGGCCGCACAUACAGCCAAACACUUCCACAAUGAACAUGCCCACACCAUGUACCACAGCAACCCUGAAAACAUCGCUGGAAUCCGUACGUCGAACCUAAGCAUUGUGGAAAAGUCACAGAGGCAGCACAGUUUAGCCAACCUGCACAGCCAUUUCAUCAACCCUGCUCACAUCGAUCCUAACUCACAGUACUGGGCAUCUAUUGGCCCUCGCAGCGAUAAGGACGACUACAGUGGCGGUGGGAGUGGACGGACGCACCGGACACUUUCGACAGAGUCCGGCCUGUUUCAAGCACAGGCCAAACCCUGGAACGGGGUCAACAGCGAGAUGAGAUCUGUAUUUGCUAGAAAAGCCACGAUCAAGGAUUCAACUUUAGUAUGAAUGGUAUCAUAUCUAGUUUGAUGUUAAGAUGGGCAUUAAAUAAUACAAUAUGUACUGUCAUUUAUAUAUGUGACC